AAAAAUUAACACUUUCUAAAAGAGAAAAAGAGAGAUCAAUUUUAAUUAAAACAUGGUUUACUCAUCUAUUCCACCCUAUCUUGAUCACCACAAUUGGCAUCUUCAGUUACAACAAUCGAAUCAUCAACAAGCAAACGUUGGUGGUGUCGAAAACCAAAAUCUACCACCACCACCUCCUCCCCCACAACCAGGGGUCGGAGGUGGUGGUGCAAGUGGAGAUCAAGGUUCAAUCAGAUCGGGAUCUAUGGUUGAUCGAGCAAGGAUGGCAAAACUACCUAUGCCAGAGCCAGGAUUAAACUGCCCACGUUGUAAUUCAACCAAUACGAAGUUUUGCUACUUCAACAACUAUAGCCUCCAACAACCUCGACACUUUUGCAAGACAUGUAGGCGUUAUUGGACUCGAGGUGGUGCUUUAAGAACCGUUCCGGUUGGGGGAGGAUGUCGUAGGAACAAAAGGAAUAACAAAAAUAGAAGCUCAAAAUCUCCAAGCCAAACCGGCCUUAAAUCUAGUGAUCAAAGUCCAUCAAGGUGUAGCACGGAGACGAUGGCAAGUACUCAAGUAGUACUCCCUCAUCCUCCCUCUCUUCAAUUGCCAUUCAUGAGCUCUAUGAGUCAAUAUGGAGGGCUUGGUGGCAAUAUGGGCUCAAAUCUUGGAGGUUUUCACCCUCAAAAUGAUCAAAUGGGUAAUUUUCAAUUAGGAAGUGGGAGUUCAUCAACUGGAAAUAACUUCAACAAUAAUAUUUUAUCAAUUGGAGGGGCAGAAAAUUGGAGAUUGCCUUUCUUGGCUGGAUUUGAGGUACCAAAUAACAAUAAUCUAUUUCACUAUCAAAGUGAAGGUGUAGUCGAUGCACAAACACCAUCGUCAGCAAUGGUGGGAGGAGAUCACAUGCGAAUGCCAAACUCAGAAAUUGAUAAUACUCCUAUAGAUCCACCAGUGAAGAUGGAAGACAAUCGAGACUCGAGUUUAUCAAGGCAAUAUCUUGGUGUUUCGGAAACUACUAACCAUCAACAACCAUGGGUGGGUAAUUGGGCUGAAUUUUCAGGUGUCAAUAAUAAUAAUAAUAAUAAUAAUAAUAAUAGUACUUCUUCUACUACUCCUACUACACAUUUCAUAUAAUCAUAUCGAUCUUAGGUCUUUUCAAGUUUCUUUUCGGUGUGGGGAGGGAGUCGAUCUAACGGUGCAUUUCAAGGACAAUUUAGCUGAAAAUUUCAUGCAGCAGUCUUAUAUAUAUAAGGGAAGCUAGUGGUUAACUGAACUUGAAUAAUAAUGCAAACCCUAGGUAGCUAGCUAGAAAGAAUGUGAAAUGGUUUCCAGGUCAAGAAAGUUAUUGACUCAAUGCCUGAACGUUUCGUCGCGUGCUGAUCGAAGAACUAUCUAAUAUGGUAGGUUUAUCUUGUAUGUUAAGUCUUUUACUUUUAUAGUAUUAUAUAUGAUGUUUUUUUUUUCCAGAUUUUUAUUUAUGUGUUUGAGAGUUUAUAUGUACUACUACUUUGAUGUGGAAUGUUCCUAUAAUUUCUUGUGUAA